AUGAGUAAAACUGAAGUUUUGCUUCCAGGAGAGAAACCACAAGUAAAGACACCCAAAAAUUCAGAUGCUGGAACUAAUGAAAUAAACAAUAGUCCCGAAAAUAAUCUCCAAGAGGAAGAAGAAGAAUCUUUCGAAUAUUUUCCUGAGAAAAAGAAAGAAGAUAAAUAUUCAUUUAAAUCAAGGAGAUCAACACGUGCUGAGGAAACAGAAUUUGAAAUGAUCGAUAGAAUCAGAAAAGAAAUUGCAGUUGCUAUUACAAGUAAAAACUUCAAGAAAAGCAAACAACUAAAUAUUGAACUUGACAAGCAUAUAGAAUCUAUUUUUGUUUCAAGAUUGAACAACGAGCUCCAGAAAUUCAAUGAAAACGUUAAUAAUGUCAUUGAUGUAUAUUUACAAGAAGUUAGAAGGCUUAAGAAGUCAACCACAUUCAUGCUUGAGCCAAUCAGAAUCCAGGAAGAUGAAUCAUUCGAAGCAUUAAAAGCAAAUCAUUUACAACUUUUAACUGAGCUUGAAACAGAGCGACAGUUUGAAUAUAUGAAGAAUAAAGACUUUAAGUCAGGAGAAGAGAUACAUCUUGAAGCAAUGGCACAGAAUCUUGCGAAAUUAAAAAGAUACGAUGAAGCCCAAAUGCUUCAGAAGAACGCUGACCAAUUACAUAAGAAAAAUCUUAAUGACAAGACACAAGUUACAAAUAGGAAGUUUGAUGUCAAAGAAAAGAAGCUUUUUGAUAGAUUCAGGGUUGAUUUAAAUAACUUGAAAGAUAAAUCUAAUAAAGCAGAAGAAACAGUUAGAACACAAAUCAAAGAAUUGAUUUCUCUUGAAGAAAAGAAAUUAAACGUCAAAUGCAAAGAUUUAUUGAAACAAUCGGCAAAUAACGUUUCAUAUGGUGAUGGAAUUACUGAUAACAUUAGCAGAGAAAGACGUGUUCAUACUCAUACAACUCUUUUCAAUUCUUUGAGAAAAAUAAUUAUGGAAAGAAAGUUGGAGAGCGUUGUAAACAUCAGCAAUUGA